AUGAAUAUAUUACGAUUGAUACAACCAGGCGCGGAUCUAGAACUAAAAUUGAGGGGGGUCGUAUUUACGAAAAGACAAAAACUUAAUACACAGUUAAGACAUAAUAAAAUAAACGAAGACGUAGAAAAACUCCCUAGUUCAAUCCUAAUCAACUACGAUGACACAAACUACAGAAUAUUUAUAUUGGACGACUCGCUAACAUGCUUCUUAUGUAAAACGCAAGGCCACAUUGCCUCCAAUUGUCUGAAUAAACCUGAAGAAAACACAAUCAUAACACAGACGGCAACAAAUGAAAAUGGCCCUGACAAUACAUAUAAAAACAAAUCAAAUAUACCAAAUUUAAUAAUCACCACAAAUGAAGAAGUCUUAACGGCUAAUAUGGAUAUAGACCCGACCUCUGGCGCAAAAAGAUCUCUUCCUGACUCUUUCAAUUUCCCCUCCCCCUCAUUACCAAAAUCACCUACAGUUAUCGACAACCCCUCACAAAGCAACAUAUUAGAAAACAAAACCAUGAAAUACUUCCAUUUAAGCAGUAAUAACACAUCAUACAGUCCAAACUUUAUCAAUCUCAAACACAUAAAAGAAAAUACACCCAUCAUUAAUAUCGUUGACCACAACAAUGAAAAUCAACUUCAAAUUAAUUCAAAGAUAACAAGGGUAGAAAUAGCAUACACACUAAAAAAAUGUAAAAGUCUAUGCCCAGGGCCUGAUGGGAUUCCAUUUAUUUUUAUACAAUAUUUUGGUCCAAAAAGUCAACUCUUACUUGAAAAAAUAUACAACACCAUUUGGUGUAACGGUAUCUUCCCCUCAACAUGGAAAAAGGGCAUAGUCAUCCCUAUUAACAAACCAGGAAAAUGUAGAUUCAACACAGAAAGUUAUCGGCCAAUCACAUUAUUAAACACCAUGUGUAAGGUCAUAGAAAAAAUUGUAAAUUUUAGACUUAUUUGGUAUCUAGAAAAAAUUAAUUACCUAACGCCGUUCCAAAGUGGCUUUAGAAAAAAUCGCUCCACAUACGACAACCUCAUCGCAAUAAAGGAAGAAGCUCAGCAAGCUCUUCAAAAUAAACAAAUCUUAGGCUUACUUAGUAUAGACAUUUCAAAAGCAUACGACGUCACCUGGAGACACUACAUUCUUUCUAAGCUAAAUAAAGUCAUAUGCCAAGGUAAUAUGCUAAAUUUUAUAACGAACUUCCUAAAAAAUAGAACAUUCCAAGUCAAAACAUCAAACCGUAUCUCUGAUACCUUUACACAGGAAAAUGGAGUACCACAAGGAUCCACACUUUCAGUUACACUAUUUUUAGUGGCAAUUAACAAAAUUGAUAAACAUUGUAAAUUUCCGAUAAAAGCCAACAUAUUUGCAGAUGAUGCUAAUUUCUCAUGUAGAAGUAAAAACAUCAAAACAGUUAAAUACCACCUACAAGCAACAGCAAAUCAACUAGAAAAAUGGCUCACGUGGUCGCAGCACAUAAAAUCAUUGAAAGUAUCUACAAAUAAAGCGCUCAAUUUAAUAAAACUAUUAUCGCACACAAAUUGGGGAUGUGAAACAGAAACAUUGAUCAAAAUAUUUAAAUCAACAAUUCAAGCAAAAUUAUAUUACGGUUCAUUUCUUUAUAACACGGCCAAAAACACAUUAAUAAAAUAUAUAGACUCAAACCACAACACGGGGAUGCGAAUGGCUAUAGGGGCCUUCAAAAGCAGCCCAAUUAAAAGUAUUUAUAAUAUAGCGGGUGAACCAACACCAGACCUAAAAAGAACAGAGUUGACACUCCUAUACGCUGCGAGACUAACCAGAUUAACAAAUAACCCAGCUUCAACUAGCAACAUAACCCUUGAUCUACAAAAUAAUAAAAACUACACCAAGAUUCCACAAAUAAUAAAAAAAGAAAAAAUAAUUUGUCCUCCAUGGACAAGCAUAUAUAAAAUAAACACAGAAUUGAAUACUCUACGUAAAGAAAACACGCCUCCACUUAUAUACAAAAACCUUCUGAAAAAUACUCUAGAGAACCAAAAUGAAUUUCAAGAACUAUAUACAGAUGCCUCCAAAAAUGACGAAGGGGUAGGAAUAGCCAUAAUAAAAAACAAUUCACAGACAUCAUUCAAACUACCAUCGACAUGUUCCAUAUAUACAGCCGAAGCACUUGCUAUAUUGCUAGCCAUAAAAUAUAUAAACAAAAAGGAAAACCAAAAACAUAUCAUUCUAAGCGACUCGUUAAGUACACUAAUUAGUGUAAAAAAUAAAUUCAAUCCGAGCGAUAUAGCAAUUCAAAUUCAGAAUAGACUAGAGGAAGCAAACCAAAAGAACAACAAUAUAAAAUUAAUCUGGAUACCUGGACACAUUGGAAUAAUCGGCAACGAAAGGGCAGAUAAACAAGCUAAAUUAGCAAUCAAUUCACCGAAUUCACAAUAUAUUAACAUUUCAUCAUACUCUCACAUAAGAAAACAAAUUCAAAGAGACACCACUAUAAUAUGGCAAAAUAUAUGGAACAUCCAAAACACCAAAUUAAACCAAGUUAAACAAACGGUCCAAAGAUGGAGAAGAAAUCCCAAUAUUAGUACCACAAAUGAAAAAAAACUAAAUAGGGCCAGAAUUGGCCACACAAGACUAACUCAUGAGUACAUAAUGAUCAAAGGUGACCCACCAAUAUGCCAAUCAUGUGGCACAACAAUUACAAUAAAACACAUAUUCGAAGAAUGUAGAAUUUACAUACAACUAAGAGAGGAGCUCAAUAUAAGCCACCAAAUUGGAGCAAGUCUAGGCCCAAAUCCUGAAAAUGAGAUCAACACCAUCGAAUUCUUAAAGACAACCAAAUUACUCAAGCUACUCUAG